AUGGGCCCACGCAGCGCGGUGAGCCUGCCCCGAGGCGCCGGCUCGCCGCCGCCGCCGCCGCCGCUGCUAUUACCGCUGCUGCUGCUGCUGCUGCUGCCGCCGCCGGGCUCGGGCGCUGGAGCCGGCCGGCCGCCCCACCUCGUCUUCGUGCUGGCGGACGACCUGGGCUGGAACGACGUGGGCUUCCACCGCUCCACCAUCCGCACGCCGCACCUGGACGCGCUGGCGGCCGGCGGGGUGCUCCUGGACAACUACUACACGCAGCCCCUGUGCACGCCAUCGCGCAGCCAGCUGCUCACGGGCCGCUACCAGAUCCGCACAGGUUUACAGCACCAAAUAAUCUGGGCCUGUCAGCCCAGUUGCGUUCCUCUGGAUGAAAAACUCCUGCCCCAGCUCCUGAAAGAAGCAGGCUACACUACCCAUAUGGUCGGAAAAUGGCACCUGGGAAUGUACCGGAAAGAAUGCCUUCCAACCCGCCGAGGAUUUGAUACCUACUUUGGAUAUCUCCUAGGUAGUGAAGAUUACUAUUCCCACGAGCGCUGUACAUUUAUCAACGCUCUAAAUGUCACACGAUGCGCUCUUGAUUUUCGAGAUGGUGAAGAAGUUGCAACAGGAUAUGGGAAUAUGUAUUCAACAAAUAUAUUUACCCAAAGAGCUACAGACCUCAUAACUAACCAUCCACCAGAAAAGCCUCUAUUUCUCUACCUUGCUCUCCAGUCUGUCCACGAGCCCCUUCAGGUCCCCGAAGAAUACCUGAAACCAUAUGACUUUAUCCAAGAUAAGAACAGGCAUUACUAUGCAGGAAUGGUGUCCCUUAUGGAUGAAGCAGUGGGAAAUGUCACCGCAGCCUUAAAAAGCCGUGGGCUCUGGAACAACACAGUGCUCAUCUUUUCCACAGAUAACGGAGGGCAGACUCUGGCCGGGGGCAAUAACUGGCCCCUUCGAGGAAGGAAGUGGAGCCUGUGGGAAGGAGGCGUUCGCGGCGUGGGCUUUGUGGCAAGCCCCUUGCUGAAACAGAAGGGCGUGAAGAACCGGGAGCUCAUCCACAUUUCCGACUGGCUGCCGACUCUCGUGAGGCUGGCCGGGGGAAGCACCAACGGCACCAAGCCUCUGGAUGGCUUCGACGUGUGGAAAACCAUCAGUGAAGGAAGCCCAUCCCCCAGAACGGAGCUGCUGCAUAACAUCGACCCCAACUUUGUGGACAUUUCUCCAUGUCCUGGGAACAGCACAGCUCCAGCAAAGGAUGACUUUUCUCUUCCAGAAUAUUCAGCCUUCAACACAUCUGUCCAUGCCGCAAUUAGAUACAAAAACUGGAAACUUCUCACGGGCUACCCAGGCUGCGGUCACUGGUUCCCUCCACCGUCUCAAUACAAUGUUUCAGAGAUACCCUCCUCGGACCCACCGACCAAGACCCUCUGGCUCUUUGAUAUUGAUCAGGACCCAGAAGAAAGACAUGACCUGUCAAGAGAACAUCCCCAUAUUGUCAAGCAGCUUCUUUCCCGGCUCCAGUUCUACCACAAACACUCAGUGCCUGUGUUCUUCCCGGACCAGGACCCCCGCUGCGAUCCCAAGGGCACUGGGGCUUGGGGGCCUUGGCUGUAGGAUUUGCGGCAGCCUCGGGUGGGGUCUAGAAAACCUUUCUGUGGCAAGUUGGACUUCAGACACUUACUCAUGUGACCCUUGUCUCACUCGUUCUCCCAACCCGGGUUCACCUGGCCCUUCCCUUGCUCCUAAACCAUAAUGGCAUGUCUCAUUUCAACCCCUAGUGCAUUUAAGAAGCUGAUGAAGUCUGGAGCACUCCUGCCAUUGGCUGGGGGGUGUGUCUAGAGGAGAGGGUGAUUGGGUUCACCCCUUUUUUCUGCAGCUGUGGGACAGCUGGGAACUUGAUUUGAAAUAGGAAGUCAUGGAGUCCCGGAGGCUGGAGCAGCUGGCUCCUUUUGCCUCGCAAGUCAGAUGUCAGAUUCCCCUCUGCCAAUAGCCAACUUUUAUUGGAGUGACUCCCAUUUCUUGUAACAAAUGAAGGGAGCAGACGAUUGUUAAUGGUCCUGUUGGUCAGGGGGCUCCCCGUCGGAGAGAUCGUGUCCAGGCGCUCCAUGUGAAUAGCCGCCUUGGUCACCCCUUGCUCACCCACCUCAUCACUCAUCCCGUCAUGGAGCAGGAGGCCCAUUUCACUGUUAAGGCCAGGAUGGCAAUAUGCCUACUCUUUGGUUCUGCUUUUUACAGUAAAGAACUGUGUUUUUAUCCCCAAGUUUUCCCCCCAGCCAUUGCUCAUUUUGUCUAGACUUCCUGCUACCCCCAGCUCCCCUGUGGUGUUUUUUUCUUUCCCUUUUGAUUCUGGCGUCCUGUGCCUGAGAAGCUGCUUUGCUUCUCCACUCUGAGCACCACUGGUUUUUGGAACACUGAACCCUGCCUUCCUUUUGUCCCUGACACCCAAGUGAGAGCUUCGCCCAGAGACGGUGGCAGCCUGGCUCAGUGAGCCUGCUCAUGGUACACACGGAGAGGCCUGGGCCAGCUAGGCUUGCGUCUGUGUCAUCUGUUUGGUGAGGAUCUUUCUAGUUCCACAGGGUUUAUUGUCAUGAUCGUGGCUGUGUCUCAUAACAUAGUAAGAGCUGCACUGCUGUUCUCCAGCAGUGAGGAAAAACCCCAGGAAAGGGGUACUGUUGUUCUGAGUUGAUGGAAGUGGGCAAUUUGAAAAGGAAACAGCCAGCAUCUGGGAUUGCAGGCCUUGGUAAAGCCAGGAAGGAGCAUCCAUGUUCCUCUUCUCUCAGUGUUACUGCUUUUACUGAGGUGCUUCGGUGGGGGAAAAAGGAUGCACAGCGUGACCCAGCCAGCCCUUUCUCAGUCCCACAAAUGUCCUACCAGUGUGGAUCGGUCUACAUUGGCUCCAAAGAGUAUCAGAAUCAGAGAAAUGUGUGCAAAAACUGUACUCUGGUUUGCAUUCGCCCCAUUGUUUCAUUCACUCCUUAUCACCAAAGCUUGGUUCAGUGCCUGGCACAUAGACGACACUCAGUACACCUUUUUAAAAAAUGAAUGAAUGAAUGAAUAGACAAAUGAGCAAAUGAGGAAGUCUCACACUGUGAGCUAAAUACAGGGGUAAUAUAAAUAUCCCCCAACCAUUGCUUUUGUGUUCUCAUGCUGCCGUCCUGGGUCAGGAGCACAGCCUCAUGUCUGGGCAGUCGUAGGACAUGCCACAGUGAAGUCGUGGUGUCCUCUGGGGCGGGGCAGAAUAUGCCUACCAAAGGGACUCUUCUUUUGUCAAUAAUCCUCCGUUCUAUCUAUUCUCGAUGGGACAAUAGAAAUUAAACCACCAAAUAAUAUGGCAUAGGUCCUGGUAUAGCCAUCCUUCAAUUCAGUAGCUGUAUCUUUUGGCCACUAGUAACUUGGAUUGGAUUAAAAUAUGACGACGAAGGGAAUGGUGCUAGAACUAAGGACACGUUACCAGCCUCUGCCCCACUCCUGGGCUGGCAAACAGCUGGCCAAACACUAUUACCUCUCACUCCUAAGCCUGUGGCAGAUUUAUGAACUAACUGGGCACAGAUGUUCCUUCUGGAUCCUUCUAACCCAUUAAUACUACAGAGUGGAGGCCAUCACUGGAUGACACGUCUUUGCCCUCCCUGCCGUACUCCCAGCAGUUGUCCCUCAUUGUGGAGUACAGUGUGGACACUCGGCACUCGAUGGACUUGAAUUCUAAAGACUAAUUUUCUGUAAAACUUGUCCCUGAGAUUUUAUUUUACCCAUAAUAGGAUGUAUCUCAUUAGAUUUUCUUCCUCUGUACCAGAAUGUG